AUGGACAACUUUCCUCCUCGUCAGUCACUACAGACUCAGCCAAGCGACAGUAAAGCCGCCAUACCACUUCCACAGAUCGAUACAGGCUCCUCGCAGCUACAACAGAAAGCCAUGCCGGGCCUUCCACCCAAGAUCAGUGCUACCCAGCACCACAACUUUGCCAUUCCGGGCCAAGGUGACGAGGAAUUCAAUGUCGGCAGAGUAGCGACACUUCAUAUGGCUGACUCAGCCGCUGGUGGUGCUUCCGUCGUCGAGUCGUCUCAAGCCUGGACUGCUGUUUCUACCCCAGUGCCCAAAUCUCUUCAUCCGCUGCCAGAAAAGCGCCAGCAUCCCAUUGUUCGCAACCUCAGACACACAUAUAUGGCAGUCUACCAACGCCUCUUCUCUGUUGUAGCCAUUCUGAAUGCCAUUGCGUUCGUGUACAUCGUCACCACGGUGGAUUUGAGCAAGCCUCAGCUGUUGUCCUCCCUCGCUACGGCAGCAGCGAGUAAUAUCCUGGUCGCCAUCCUGAUGCGCCAGGAGUAUGUCAUCAACUUCAUAUUCAAGACAUGUUGGAUGAUUCCUCAUCGUGCUCCGCUCCGCAUCAGAAGGAUGCUGGCCAAGGUGUAUGAAUUUGGCGGAAUGCACAGCGGAGCCGCGUUCUGUUCUACUGUUUGGUUCAUCGCCUAUAGCGCCGUCUUGACCAAAGACAUGGUCGACGGCGCCAUGCGUUUUCCAGCGAUGUUGGCAGUGGCGUGGAUUCUUGUAUUCCUGCUCGUAUUGAUCAUCGUGAGUGCUAUGCCGAUGUUCCGCAUGGCCUACCACAAUACCUUCGAGGUCAUCCACCGUCUUGUUGGCUGGACAGCUCUAGCUCUCUUCUGGGCCGAGCUCUUUCUCUAUGCAGUCGCCGUCCAGCGGAUCUACACCUCCGAUGCCCCAGCCUAUGGCCUGAUCCUGAUCCGCGAGCCCGCCUUUUGGCUUCUCGCUGUGACCACCGCCUUCAUCAUAUGGCCCUGGGUGUUCCUUCGCAAGCUGGCGAUAAAGCCAGAGAAAUUCUCAAACCGCGCCAUUCGACUACACUUUACAGGAUACAAGGUUCCCCCAUUCUGCGGUAUCCGCCUGUCCAAGUCUCCACUCCUUGAGUGGCAUGCCUUCGCCUGUAUUGCCAACGACAUCGGCGGCUCGGUCCUGAUCUCCAGCGGGGGAGACUGGACCCAAGACUGUAUCGCCAACCCGAGACCAUACUACUACGUCAAGGGCAUUCCCGUAACCGGUGUUCUGAAUAUGGCGCAGGCUUUCCGGCUCGCUGUCAUCGUAACUACUGGCUCCGGAAUUGGGCCAUGCCUGUCGUACCUCGCUGGGAUUGGGAAGCAGGGAACCUGCCGCAUGAUCUGGUCGGCGCCAAGCCCAUGGGCUAACUACGGAAAGGAUAUCUGCGACGCGGUUACCAAGGUCGACCCCAACGCUAUGGUAAUUGAUACGGAGUCGUCCGGACGUCAUGACCUAGCGGCAUUGGCGUACCAGAUGUAUAUUGAUUCCGGCGCGGAGGCGGUGUUUGUUAUUAGCAACCCUCGCGUGACGAAGCAGAUUGUGUAUGCCAUGGAAUCUCGUGGCGUCCCUGCAUUUGGGCCAGUUUGGGAUUCUUGA